AUGCCAUUAUUGUUUCUUUCUCUUGUCAGCUUGCUAAGGCAGGAACUUCAAAAUGCAAUCAAGGAGCGUAUUCGUACUCUUGCCGAUAUUAAAGAUGAAGACCUGACUCUGUCACUUUGUGGUGCACCCCUUGAUGACACUACCCUUGUGUCUGAUUUAUCAUCAACAGAGCUUGACCUUACAGUCCCACUACUUGGUGGUAAAGUUCACGGAUCCUUGGCUCGUGCUGGUAAGGUGAAAGGUCAGACACCUAAGGUUGAGAAACAGCAAAAGAAAAAGAAGAAGACUGGUCGUGCCAAGCGUAGGAUCCAAUACAACAGACGAUUUGUCAAUGUUGUGCAGACAUUCGGCCGCCGUCGUGGACCCAACUCUAACUCUUAG